AUGUCCGGCUUACUUAAUUCUUCUCUGAACGGAUCUGCUUCAAAUCUUCCAGACGGUGCUGGGCGUUCUUUUACUACAUCAUUCUCUAGUCAGUCUGGUGCAGCCUCGCCAAUUUAUCAGCAUACUGGUGGUAUUCAGGGGUUGCACAACAUGCACGGGAGCUUUAACAUUCCUAACAUGCCUAGUACACUUACAUCAAGAAACUCAACAAUAAACAGCAUGCCAUCUGGAGCAGUUCAGCAACCUACAUCAAGUCUUUCCAGUGGAAGAUUUUCAUCCAAUAAUUUGCCUUCCGCUCUGUCACAGCUAUCUCAUGGAAGCUCUCACGGACAUUCAGGAGUCAACAGUAGAGGAGGAUUGGGAGUAUCCCCAAUUUUGGGAAAUGCAGGUCCUAGGAUAACAAGUUCGAUGGGAAACAUGGUUGCUGGGGGAAACAUUGGGAGGUUAAGCUCUGGAGGAUUGUCCAUUCCUGGUCUUGCUUCACGUCUAAAUUUAAAUGGAAGCAGCGGAUCUGGUGGCUUAGGCGUGCAAGGACAAAAUCGAUUGAUGAGUGGCGUGCUUCCUCAAGGAUCUCCUCAGGUAAUUUCAAUGCUAGGAAAUUCUUAUCCAAGUGCUGGAGGUCCACUUUCUCAAAGCCAUAUUCAAGCAGUACAUCACUUGAACUCUAUGGGGAUGUUGAAUGAUUUGAAUUCCAGUGACAGUGCGCCCUUUGACCUCAAUGACUUCCCUCAACUAUCAAGUCGUCCUAGUUCUGCUGGGGGGCCUCAAGGACAGUUGGGCUCUUUACGAAAACAAGGUCUUAGUCCUAUUGUACAACAAAACCAAGAGUUUAGCAUUCAAAAUGAAGACUUCCCGGCUUUACCAGGAUAUAAAGGUGGUAAUGGAGAGUUUACUAUGGACAUGCAUCAGAAAGAACAACAUGACAAUGCUAUGUCAAUGAUGCAGUCACAGCAUUUCUCUAUGGGGAGGUCUGCCGGUUUCAGCUUGGGAGGAUCUUAUUCAUCACAUCGUACUCAACAGCAACAGCAGCAUACUCCUUCUGUCAGUAACAGUGGUGUCUCCUUUUCAUCUAACAAUCAAGAUCUUCAUCUGCACGGCUCAGAAAUUUUUCCGUCUCCAAACUCUACGUAUCAUUCACAGACCAGCGGACCUCCUGGCAUUGGAUUAAGGCCACUAAACUCUCCAAAUAAUGUUUCUGGUACGGGUUCGUAUGACCAGCUCAUCCAGCAGUAUCAACAGCACCAGAACCAGUCCCAGUUUCGCCUUCAGCAAAUGUCAGCUGUAAAUCAGACCUUUAGAGAUCAUGGCAUGAAGUCUAUGCAAACUGCACAACCAGCUCCUGAUCCAUUUGGUUUGCUUGGCUUGUUAAGUGUAAUCAGGAUGAGUGAUCCUGAUCUGACAUCUCUUGCUCUUGGAAUUGAUCUUACAACACUUGGAUUAAAUUUGAAUUCAUCAGAAAAUCUUCACAAGACUUUUGGGUCUCCUUGGUCCGAGGAACCAGCUAAGGGUGAUCCAGAGUUUAGUGUGCUUCAAUGUUAUUAUGCUAAACCACCUCCUGCCCUACACCAAGGGUAUUUUGCUAAAUUUACUUUGGAUACAUUGUUUUACAUAUUUUACAGCAUGCCUAAAGACGAAGCACAACUAUAUGCAGCAAAUGAACUGUACAAACGGGGCUGGUUUUAUCACAAAGAGCAUCGCAUGUGGUAUAUAAGAGUUCCCAACAUGGAACCGCUUGUCAAAACAAACACAUAUGAGAGAGGAUCUUACCACUGUUUUGAUCCAAGCACUUUUGAAACUGUCCGGAGGGAUAAUUUUGUUCUUCAUUAUGAAAUGGUGGAAAAGAGACCGUCUUUACCGCAACAUUAA